AUGGAAUGUCUUAGAAAAUACACUCUCCAUUUAGGUCUCCCGUUACUGCAUUCAAGGGAAAGCACCAUUGACUUUAAGAUUAUCCUUGAUGAAGUCAAAUCCAAAGUCCAAGGGUGGAAAUCAAAACUGCUUUCUAAAGUAGGGAAGGUCACUUUAAUCCAAACUUUUGGAUGUUCGUUUGUCUCCUACAUGGCGGCAUCAGGACCAAUCCCAAGCUUAACUGCGAAAGAUAUAGAUAAAAGUUUGAGAGGAUUUUGGUGGGGGCAUUCCGAAGCGGGAUGGGAUUUAACGCAGUGGCUUGGAAAAAAGGUCUGCAAACCUAAAAUGCUUGGCGGUCUUGGUUUCUGA